AUGGGAAAGUUCUACGGAGAGUACGGAAAGUACGUGCGAGCGCUGAACAUCAUUCUCUGCUGCGCGACUAUGUGGCUGCUUCUGGGCAUAUUCACUAUCGUCGCCGUACACAACAAUAAAGCAAUGGUCCAGGAGAGCAAGGAGCGACAAUUGAGUGUCAGACAGGUACUUUCCGUGGCUACAUUUGUGCCGUUGAUUAUUGACAUAGUAGCCAUCGCUAUGGCGGAGAAGGAAAGGGAUUAG